AUGGCGGACGAUAGUUUAAAAUUGGAUUUAACUGGUAAGAAAAAGAAAGCGAAAAAGCCGAUAAUAUUGGAAGAAUUAACAGCAACAGACGAGAAUAAAAAAAUUGAAGGUGAUAGUGAGGAACUUGUAUUGGGAUUGAAAAAAAAGAAGAAAGUAAAAUCAACAGCACUUACAACAACAACAACUGAAAAUGAGAUUAAGGAGGAAAAAGGAGCGGAAGAAAAAUUAUCAAAAUUUGAUGAAUUAUCAAAUUUAAUUGACGCAAAACAUGCAUGGCCAGAUUAUACAUAUGAUGAACUAAUUCAUAUGAUUUUUGAUAUAAUUAAGGAGAAAAAUCCCGAGUUGACAGGUAAUGAAAAAAAGAAAUUCUUAAUGAAGCCACCGCAAAUUGCGCGAGCUGGUAGUAAGAAGACAGCAUUCGCGAAUUUUGCUGAAAUUUGUCGUCUAUUGAAACGCGAACCGAAACACGUUUAUCGUUUUAUAAUUGCUGAAUUGGGUACGAACGGAUCAGUUGAUGGUAAUAAUUGUUUAAUUAUUAAGGGACGUUUUCAACAAAAACAUUUUGAAAGUGUUCUUCGUAAAUAUAUCAAAGAAUACGUGACGUGUCAUACGUGUCAUUCGUCGGAUACACAACUUAUAAAAGAUACGCGUUUAUUUUUCUUGGAAUGUAAAACAUGUGGAAGUCGCUGCUCGGUUUCGACGAUCAAAAGUGGUUUUACCGCAAUGGUUACAAAACGUGCUGCAGCUCGUCGUGCCGCUGAAGUUACUGCUGGAAAAUAA